AGGAGGGACAGAGGCUAAAGGAGACAGCAGCUUUUUCUUUCCCGCCUCUCUCCCUCUUUUAACACACAUAUACAGAAAUCUCUUUUCCAUGGCCUCCGUCAGGGUGUUGCCAUAGAAACUGUAGUGACAAAGGCAAGGAAGUCUCCUGGGCCUGUGUGUGGAAGGACUGGAGGGAGAGAGAAGGAGGAGUCUGAGCCACAAGUUUGAGCGGAUCUCCAAACUGCUGGAAAAGUUGCUUGCGAAGCGGGGUGGUGUUGGGAGAGAUGCUGGGAAGCCCAGCGCAGCGGAAUCCAUGGCAGUAGGAAGGCUGGGAUUGCUAUGGCGGUGGAGGCAGCUGCGGCAGCUGCACAAAGGCUAGGCCUGUCAGAGAUCUGAAUGGCAGUGACUGGCGGCCAGGGAGGACCGCCCGACUAACUCCGCGGGCUGUGGGCAUCGUCUCCCACAUCUCCAAGGAUGCUCUGCUUGCCACUCCUCCUGCUCGCCAGCCUCUCUUGUUGCUCCAGCUCUGAAGUCAACCCUGCGAUAUGCCGAUACCCUCUGGGGAUGCAUGAAGGGACCAUCCGAGAUGAGGACAUCACUGCUUCCAGCCAGUGGUAUGACUCCACGGGGCCUCAGUAUGCACGGUUGCUGAGAGAAGAGGGUGAUGGGGCAUGGUGUCCGGCGGGUCUCCUGCAACCUGAAGAUGUGCAGUUUCUCCAGAUAGACCUACAUAAACUCUUCUUCAUCACACUGGUGGGGACGCAAGGUCGGCACGCCCGGGCAACUGGGAAAGAGUUUGCCCGUGCCUAUCGGAUUGACUAUAGCCGCAACGGGGAGCGAUGGCUCUCUUGGAAAGAUCGUCAGAACAAGCAGGUGAUUCAAGGCAACACUGACACAUAUGACGUUGUCCUGAAAGACCUUCGCCCGCCUGUCAUUGCCCGCUACAUCCGAGUGAUCCCAGUGACUGAGCAGCCCAUGACUGUCUGCAUGCGGGUGGAACUCUAUGGUUGUGUUUGGUCUGAUGGUUUGGAAUCCUAUAGCAUGCCUGAGGGGGAGAUGAUUGCAGCUCCUGGCCACCCCAUCGUUUACCUGAACGACUCAACCUAUGAUGGUUAUCAGGAGCGUAGGCUCCUGCAUGGUGGGUUGGGCCAGCUGACAGAUGGCGUCCUGGGCUUGGACGAUUUCACCAAGAGCCACCAGUACCGCGUGUGGCCAGGCUACGACUACGUUGGCUGGAAGAACGACAGCUUCAGCAGCGGUGCUGUUGAGAUGGAGUUCCAGUUCGAUCGGCAAAGGAACUUCACAUCCAUGAAGGUCCAUUGCAACAACAUGUUUUCCAAGGGAGUGAAGAUCUUUGAGAGGGUGGAGUGCUUCUUCAAGCCACGGCUGAUCGCUGAGUGGGAGCCAGACCCCGUGGGCGUGGACACCGUCUUGGACGACAAGAACCCCAGCGCACGAUUUGUGACCGUCCCCCUCAGUCAGCGUGUGGGGAAAGCCAUACUCUGCCACUUCUACUUUGCUGACACCUGGAUGAUGAUCAGUGAAAUUUCCUUCCAAUCAGCAGAUAUGGAUGCCAGUGACCCCAUUAUGGUCACUCUGGCCUCAAGGACAACCUCAGAGAUACUCCCGUCAGAGGAACUCAACGCAACAGAAGGGACUUGGUGGACCACCUCGCCACCUGCUGCAACGAGUCCCUGGGUGGCUCCGAAGGCAGAGGACUCCAACACCUCCAGUCUGGUCAGCUGCCUUGUGGCCAUUAUCCUGCUGCUGCUUUUCGUCAUUGUUGCUAUCCUGUGGAGGCAGCACGUCCAGAUGCGGCUGGAGACGGCUCCUCGGCGGAUCCUGGAAGAAGACGCCACCGUUCGGCUGUCCUUUUACAGCUCCAGAAUUGUCAAUGGCCAGACCCAGAUCCACCAGACUAACCCCACCUAUGAGAGGGUCUUCCCACUGGACCUGGAAUAUCACCAGCCCAUCACUCUCCUUCAGAAGCUGCCUGAGCUCUCCCAAAGUGCUGAGGACUCAGCAUGUAGCGGUGACUAUGCCGAGCCAGACAUCACCAAGUGCACCCCUCACCAGGGAUUCCAGAACAAUGUCCCCCACUACGCAGAGACAGACAUUGUUAGCCUGCAGGGCGUCACGGGAAACAACACAUAUGCCGUGCCAGCCAUCACAGUGGACUCGUUGACCAAGAAGGACAUCACGGUGGCUGAGUUCCCAAGGCAGCAGCUGCGGCUCAAGGAAAAGCUGGGAGAAGGGCAGUUUGGGGAGGUCCACCUGUGCGAAGCUGAUGGUCUCCUGGAAUUCUUGGGUCGUGCUUCCUCAGAAGCCUCCAGCCAGGCAGUUCUGGUAGCUGUAAAGAUGCUGAGAGCCAAUGUCACCAAGACAGCCAGGAAUGAUUUCCUGAAGGAGAUCAAGAUCAUGUCCCGGCUGAAGGACCCAAACAUCAUCCGCCUGCUGGGUGUGUGCGUGAGGGACGAUCCGCUGUGCAUGAUCACCGAGUACAUGGAGAACGGGGAUCUCCACCAGUUCCUGCUGCAACGCCAGAGCAGAAGCACCUUCACACUCUCCAACAACAUUCCCUGUGUUAGUUGCCUCCACCUCCUGCUCAUGGCUACCCAAAUUGCCUCUGGCAUGAAGUACUUGGCCUCACUGAACUUUGUGCACCGGGACUUGGCCACACGCAACUGCUUGGUUGGGAACAAUUACACCAUUAAGAUUGCUGAUUUCGGCAUGAGCAGGAACCUGUACAGUGGCGACUACUAUCGGAUCCAGGGCCGGGCUGUGCUGCCAAUCCGCUGGAUGGCCUGGGAAAGCAUCCUGCUGGGCAAGUUCACCACGGCCAGCGACGUCUGGGCUUUUGGUGUGACAUUAUGGGAGAUGUUCACACUGUGCAAGGAGCAGCCUUACAGCUGGCUCUCUGAUGAGCAGGUCAUUGAGAACACGGGGGAGUUCUUCCGAGACCAAGGCCGGCAGGUCUAUCUGACUCAGCCGCCCUUGUGCCCCAAUCCUCUGUUCUCCUUGAUGAUGAAAUGCUGGAGCCGUGACAUCAAAGACCGCCCAGCAUUCGAGGCCAUCCACCUGUUUCUGGUGGAGCAAAUGGACGGUAGCAUUUGACCUGCAAAAAGCACCCGAGGGACACAGUCGAGAUACCCACCUGCCUCUUCUUGGCCUAAAACGUCCUAGCAUUUUGGUUGCCACAUUGUUUGAAACCAGGUGGAUUUCAACAGACAACUGAGGCGACAGCUGGGGUGGUUAUCUCUUGGGAUUCCUUUGGAACUGGGUGUGACGUGCCCUUUCUGCUGCGUAUUUUACCACAGAGUUUGCAUGGGCGUUUGCCAUGACCAAAGAAAUACGGCCCCACUUGAGGGGGCUUCACUGCCUUAGUCAAAAUCCACUUCCUGGGACCUCUGCUCCAAGGAGGCAGCCAUGGCAGCUGCUGCCUCCCUCAGCCAUGGCCAAGAGACUCUCUGGGCUGAGGAAACAUCUUCUCAUGGGCCUUCCUUCCUGGAGAGGGUAUUUGUAUCAGCCCAUUCUCUUCUUCUCCUCACAAAAGUGGCAAAAAACACUCUCUUUGAAGACUGUAAGAAGAGUCCUGUUGGUUGGCCAGGCCAGGUGGCCCAUUAAUCCAGUAUCCUCACAACGGCCAACCAGAUGCCCCAGUGGGAAGCGUGGUGGAAGCGGGACCUGAGCACAACAGCGCUUUCCGCACUCGUGAUUCUCAGCAACUGCUAUAUUCAAAACACAGUUGGGGUUUAUUCCACCUGUCAGGAAAGCUCAGUUCUUCAGGGGUGUGUUCACUCUUCCUGGAAGUCAUGUUGGUGUGUUGUUCUCCCUGAAGGAACCCUACAAGGAACAGGAGGGCAGCCAUUUGUGACCAGAACAAUAGCAAAGAGUUGCACAGCUUCAUUUUCAGGGGUUUGAGGAAGGUUGUUGUGACUGCAUGUUCGCAGGGAGGGUGUACGUGUGUGAAUUCUUACACACUGGAUUUUAAAAAUUGUUUUAAAAAGGGGCGGAAGAAUGUUAAUGGUCAAAGGAAGGUCACUGAGGGCUCUCUGGUAAAUAGAGGUCUUUUUUGUGGUGGAGGAUCUUUUAGGGGGAAAUAGUGGACACUGUUACUACUGUCAUGAUGAUGCUGAUGCCUUGUGUGCUAAUGAACUUGUUGCCAAAACGGACUGACAUAGAUAUCUGGUCGCAUCCACACCAUACAACUGAAGCACAUUUAAAUUGAUUUCCUUUGCACUUGAUUUCCUUUGAAUGAAUCCUGGGAAUUGUAGUUUAGCUCUUACAGGGCUUCCAUUCCUUGACCAACUGCAGUUCCCAGGAUUAUUUGGGGGGGAGUCAUGUGCUUUAAAUGUGCUUUAAAUGUAUGCUGUAAAUGGAACCUCCCUCUGUCUCCAGAUACCACUUUAUUAAGGCACCAAAAGGGAAUUAAAAGUGAAACCCGGGGCUUAAUCAUGGGGGGCGGGGCGGGCGGAGAGACAACUAAUCUCCCACGGAAGGGGGUUGUCUCACUUUUUGGGGUGGGUGAGUGUCAGGGGCACCAAAUGGUUUGCAAUCCAAAAAGAAAGGGGUGGGUGGGGGUUGAAGAAGCAGCUUUCAAAAAGCCCUCACCCCCUAGGAAAAGAUUAUUACAAACCUGCAGCAGUAUAUUCAGGGAGCCAGAAAUUUGGGGAUAACUGGAAUUCAGAUAACCUGAGCAUCAGAUAUAUAAUUGACUGUAGCACUGUUAAGUAGCAAAGAGGUUUUUGGAAAUGACUGCAGUCUGGGUUGUUGAUGGCAUAUUAUAAGCACAGGCAACCUCCCAUUUACGCGAGGGUUACAUUCCGAGGCACUGUGUGCAUCCGUGAAAUCGCUUAUAAUUGAAACACCACUGAAAAAGCCUGCAAAUGCCCCAUUCCGCCCCUUUUUGUGACUUCUUAGGUUACUUCCGGGUUUGGGCUGAUGCACAUAUGUGCAGUCAUGCACAUAUUGAAUGCAAGUAAAUGGGUUUGCCCAUAGUGAUCCUUUCUGGAACUCACACAAUAGCCAACCAGAUUUGACUAUGGGAACCUGUCCUUCCUAAGCAGCAGUGGCUUAUCUUCAUUGCUCUUGGUGGCCCCUCCUGUCCUAUACCACCACCCUCCAGCUCCACCCUGUCCUAAAUCUUAGAACAACAAAGAGUCUUUAUAUGGCAUAAGCUUUUGUGGACUAGAGCUCGCGUCAUCCAGUGCUUGAAAUAUUGGACAAAAGGAUCUUUAGCACAUUAUAUGUGCUUGCCAAUGCCAGGAUUUCUGUGUUGUCAAGAACUGUUUAGUGAAUUGCUACUGUUAAGAACAUGAUUAUCACUGUCUGUACUUUUUCAUUUCCCUCCGAACUCACUUUUUACAACCCCCACACCUCCCAAACUGUGUGUGAAAUAUGCUUAAAACUCAGGAUGACACCUUCAUGCAACUGAUGAACUUGUGGUCUGUAGUCUACAAAGGCUUAUGCUUUAAAGUGCCAGAAGAUUCUUUGCUGUUUUUGCAUCUGCUCCUCUGGACAUGGCUCUUAGAGCCUCUGAAGCAAUUUCAGUGCUUCUCAGGCUUGACUUUUUAUCUUGGUGUGUUAAACUGGAGACCAAAUAUUUUUGUUUGUCUCAUCAUUCUGAAUGUGAAAUUUCAGCCAAUUUUUCUCUCAUUUCACUCCUCUCCUAGAGCCUAUGUGUGAUGUUGUUCCUCCCCAUCUUUUAGCUCCCCCUACUGCUAAAACUCGGGCUUUCAGCCAUUCUCAAGCAUCUCACCUCCCUAGAUUCCUCCUCAGCACUACACAGCUGCUUUUCUCCCUAACUCUGGUGUGAAGUUCCCCUCUGCACCAGAAAACCCCCAAACCACUUUCCUAGCAGCAAGUGUAUUGAUUUUCAACAUUCCAUGACUGAGCCUUCCCCUCUGAAGUUAGAAAUGUUAGCAAACAUUCCAUGGCAUGCUAUGGGUGCCCGUGCUAUCAUCCACUUGAUGUUAAGUGAGAUGUUCACAUGGAAAAUUCACUAGUUGUGCCACUCCCCUUCCCAAUGUGGUAUUAUUAUUGUCCUCUGUGCUCCCCGCUCCCUACAGCUUCCCUCUGUCACAACAGCCAUAUAAAGUAGGACAUAAUUUCCAUUUUAUAGGGAGGAUUUUUAAUGGCUUUUCUACAGUCAGAAUGACAACCAUUUGGUUUCUAGUCAUUGGAUCCCACUGGACUUGUUUUACCAUGUAAAAUACUAGUUUGGGUCAGAAGUCCUGUUUUUUACCCCAGCUGUCAUGAAAAUGACAAGACUAACAGCUAUAAAGGAACUGCCUUAUACUAGGCCUGACCACAGGGCUGUCUCUAGCCUGGGGGCGGGGGAGGGAUGCCCUCCAGAAGCUGCUGGACUAUAACACCCAUCAUCCUUGAUUAUUAGCCAUGCCGGCUGAUGCAAGUUUGAGUCCAAUAACUUAUGGAUGACAAUAGGUUCCCCAUCCCUGCUCUAGCCUAUUAUGUCUACAGUGGCUAGGCAGUGGUGUUAAGGAAAUCUUUCCCAGCACUGUGAACUGGAGAUGUGACGGAUUGAAAUGAAGUCUUGGGGACUCCAACCAGGUGCUCUUCCACCAAAAAUGUAUGGCAAAGGAGCUUUGGCAUUGGAGAGAACUUUGCCAUACAUUUUGGGGGUAUCACCACUGGCUAUCUUAAAUCCCUGGCCAUGUGAGAAACAGGUAGGGUCCCCUUUCUCCUGUGCCUUGAACAGCAGCUUGUUCUGCUGUGACAUGCAUAGGAGAUGGUAAGGGAAGCCUCACUGGGGAACCUCUGGCCCUCCAGGUGUUGUUGGACUACAACAUCCAUUGUUCCUCACCACUGGUUGUGCUGUCUAGGGGCUGAUGGGUGUUGCAGUGAAACAUCUGGAAGGCCAUCUGUUCUACAACCCUGCAACUGUAGGCUGUAGGAACAGGCCAGGAUGUUCUUGCUUUUGAUCCCAUGGUCCUCUGGCCAUUUUAGGAGUCAAUUGCUAGGUUAAAUGUUGCAAAUGACCCAGCAAAUGACCAUGGUAGGGUGCAGCCAGGCCUUUCUAGUGCACAACCCAGCGACAGAAGAUAGGAAUGAAGGAUUUUGUUGAGAGAGCACCUUUUGCCUCAUCUUUUGAGGGCAGCCUGAAUUGGGACACCUUCUUCCCGUGUUACUUGAAGUUCGAAACUGUGGAUAUAUCAGCCAUUUUGUCCCAGAGCACAUAUAAUUCCCUCAAACAAGGCCUCUCUCUCUCUCCCCACUGCUGCCUUAUUUUUUGCUAACCAAGCUCAGAUUUAUGUUGUUUGUUUCGGCUGUUGUAUGACUGUGUACAUAUUGUAUUUAGAAAUGGCAUUCAGAUGUGUACAUAAUAUAAUAUAUAUGAAUUUAACCAGCAUCUCCUUUGCAAUCACACACCUUUGCCAUGGAGGCUUGUUUUUGUCUUGUUUGUUUCAUUUUGUUUUUUUACAUUGACAAAUGACCAAUAAAUUCUGUUGGUUUCUUUUCUC